UGAGCGCAUGAUUACGUGUACGCUUCUAUGUUGUUUAUAACUCGUGGUCGUGACUCGCAUUUCUUCCGACGCGUCUCGGCUGACUGCCCGUAGCUGACGUUUCUAUUGUAAAGUGUCUAUUGCAAAGUGUCAGAUAUUUGGAGGAGAAGAUGAGCAUCCUCGCGUACAAUGGCGGUGCCGUGAUAGCCAUGAAGGGCAAGAAUUGCGUGGCCAUCGCGGCCGAUCGCAGAUUCGGCAUACAGGCCCAGACGAUAAUGUGCGACUUCCAAAAGAUCUACGAGAUGGGACCGCAUCUAUAUGUCAGUCUACCCGGCCUCGCCACCGACACCCAGACCGUUAUGGAGAGGCUGCGGUUCCGUCUAAACUUGUAUGAGCUCAAGGAGAACCGGAGGAUCAAUCCAAAAACAUUCACCGCCAUGAUCUCGAAUCUUCUCUACGAGAGGAGAUUUGGCCCGUAUUUUGUCGAGCCUAUAGUCGCUGGACUGGAUCCAGUCACGUUUGAGCCAUUCAUCUGCAAUAUGGACCUGAUAGGCUCAAGAAACAUGGCUGAGGACUUUGUGGUAGGUGGCACAUGUACGGAGCAACUUUACGGCAUGUGUGAGUCAUUGUAUGAGAAAAAUCUGGGACCUGAGGAGUUAUUCGAGACUGUUAGUCAAGCUUUAGUCAAUGCAUUUGAUCGGGAUGCGAUAUCUGGAUGGGGAGCUGUUGUUUAUAUUAUAGAAAAGGACAAGGUCACAAAAAGGACUGUCAAAACGCGAAUGGAUUAAACAGGUGUGCUUUUUAUAUCAAUAUAUGUGGUAAAAGUCUCAUAAUUAUUGUUGUAACUAAGGCUAAGAAAUGUAAACAAAAACCUAUGAAUA